GACAGUGUCAUUGAAACAGUUGCCAAAAUUUUAUCAUCUGUGUCAGCCAUAAGUUCUCUUCUCCUUGAACAAAGAUGGCUUUGCUUUCCUGUGGUUAUUUGAAGGUGCAGUUUUGCUCUAAAAAAGUAAUGAUGGGGGAUGAUGUUCCUAUAGCUUUUCUCCAGGGCUCUCUUUAGGAGGGGAAGCAAAAUGUCCAAGGUGGUGAAGAGCCAUUUUGGCACUGACGAGCAACUCAGAGCAAUGUCACUGGCUGGGGUAAGCUGUCUGGUGACUGGAGCAGGAGGAUUUCUUGGCCAGAGGAUUAUCCAGUUACUUCUGGAAGAAGAGGAGGCACUGGCUGAGAUUCGGCUGCUGGACAAAGCCUUUAGCAGUGAAGCACUCAGGAGCUUUGGAAAAUUCCAGGGCAAGACAGAGGUGAAAAUCCUGGAGGGGGACAUCCGAGAUGUGACGUUCCUGUACCGUGCCUGCCAGGGGGUCUCCCUUGUCAUCCACACAGCUUCCGUCAUUGACUUCUUGGGCCUUGUAGAGACACAGAUGCUCUGGGAAGUCAACGUAACAGGUACUCAGAUGCUGCUGGAGGCGUGUACCCGUUGUAAUGUCCAGCACUUCAUAUACACCAGUACCGUAGAAGUGACAGGCCCAAACUGCAAAGGUGACCCAGUAUUCAAUGGUGAUGAAGAUACAGUUUAUGAGUGUAUGUCAAAAUCCAUUUAUGCCCAGAGUAAGAGACUGGCAGAGGACUUUGUGCUGAAAGCAGACGGCCAGGUGUUGAAGGAUGGUGGUGUGCUGCUGACUUGUGCCCUGAGAUCCAUGUACAUUUUUGGAGAAGGAUGCCCAUUUCUUCAAGGUCAUCUGGAUAAGUGUCUGUUGAACAAAAAUGUCUACCUACGCUUCUCCAGGAAGGAGGCUUUAGUGAACCCUGUGUAUGUGGGGAACAUUGCCUGGGCACAUGUGCAGGCAGCCAAAGCUUUGCAGGUCCCACAGAAAGCCAGACAUAUCAGGGGGCAAUUCUACUACAUCUCAGAUGACACUCCUCAUAUGAGCUAUGCAGACCUAAAUUACGAGCUUACCAAGGACCUGGGGUUUGGAAUUGAGCCCCGGCUCCCCAUGCCUCUGUCAGUGUUGUAUUACUUCUCGCUGCUGCUGGAGAUCAUGAGCUUCUUGCUCAGGCCCUUUGUCAGGUACGUCCCCUCCACCAACCGUCACCUGGUCACCCUCCUGAACACCCCAUUCACUUUCUCCUAUAGGAAGGCACAAAAGGAUUUUGGCUACAUGCCCCGUUACACAUGGGAAGAGGCCAAGCGUUGCACUGGUCAGUGGAUUGCCUCCGUGGUCCCACAGAGGAGGGAGCACUUGAAAAUCAAGGCUGCCUAA